AUGGGAUGCGCGCACCGUCGACGCGUCGUGACGCUCGCGGGAGGGAAACGCGGCGACGACGGGGAGGAGAAGGCGCAAGAUGUGGACGAGCGGAGAGGGAUGGAUUGGGACGGGGCGUGGCGCGCGUUCAAGCGCGAUUUCGUCGGCGACGACGCGAAGAUGCCCGGAGAUUUGGUGGAGAAGAAGUAUCAAAAUAAUAGACGCGCCCCGGACGCCGAGGCUAAACAGCAAAUCUACGACGACGAGGAUCGCGUGUUAAACUUCGCGACGUCGCAAAAGGUGACGUUGGUGAGUUUAAUCGCCGUCGCCGCGCUUUUAUUCGUAUUCAUCGUCGUCAUCGGACCGCCGCCGUCGGACGGGCGCUGCACGCUGCCGUGGUGCGGCUAG